AUGAGACUCACAUCCUCUGAUAAUCUCCUUUCGAACUUCAAAAAGUACUUCAAUCGUCUAUAUGGUCUCAAACAAUCUCCAAGAGCUUGUUUGGCAAAUUUAGCAGUGUUGCUCAACAAUUUGACCAAGGAUCUUGGGAAACUUCAAUAUUUCUUGGGAAUCAAGGUGACUCAAUCUAAAGAUGGAGUAGUGAUAUCUCAGAGGAAAUAUGCUCUGGAUAUUCUUGAAGAAACUGCUUUGUUAAAUUCUAAGUUUGAUCCAAGUGUAAAUCUUCUACCAAAUCAGGGGGAGCCCUUUAAAGAUCCUGAAAGAUAUAGAAGAUUGGUUGGAAAACUAAACUACCUCACAGUCACUCGACCUGACAUUUCGCUUGCAGUCAGUAUGAUCAAGACAUCUCCAGGAAAAAGCCUUGAAUAUGAAGAUAAAGGUCAAAUUAAAGUUGUUGGAUACUCUGAUGUUGAUUGGGUCGGUUGUCCUACUGAUAGGAGAUCUACUUCUGGAUAUUGUGUCUUUGUUAGAGGCAGCUUGAUUUUCUGA